GUGCAUGGCUCCGUGAGUCCUGCUGGCAUUACCAAGACGCAUCUGCUGUGCAAGACAAACGUUGCGGGAUCAAACGCAAAGGGCCAGAGUACUGAAGUAGAAGGCCUUAAAGAACAGCCGUGGUCGUAUGGAUUGGUUGGUGAGAAGGGCUCCGACCUCUAUGCCCGCAAGCUGGAUGGCAACUUCUUCUGUGAUAUGAACAACGCGAGCCUCUUCCUUCAGGCGCUGGAUGCGGAUGCCAGGGACAAGCACACGGAUGCAAGUGUUCUCUUGCGGAGCAUAGACAACGCGGCACAUGCCUUCAUGCGCGACCGCCAAAAGGUUUUGGACCGAGAGCUUUUCAAAGAAGCCGUGCAACAAGCUAUCUGCAGCAAAGGCAAGCUUGCCUUAAUCCAGCGUGGCUACAGUCUCGGGACGACAUAUCUGCUUCGCCAUGUCGUGGACACAGUCAGGCAAGCGCCAGGUGGAAACAGGACCAUCCUGUAUGCUAACAUGCGCGCGGUGCCACGUGAUGACUUCUACAUGGCUGCGCUGUCAGCGGCAAGUGAACAGGCUAGCGUUUUAAAGGUCUUCACCCGGCUACCACUCCUGAGCCAACGGCUUGGGUUUUUUGGAAGGCUUUGGCCUUCAGCAUUGGUCGUUCAAGGUUUGGUAAAGUCCUUGAACACUAGUUCUCGGGCAAAGUGCUUGGCCCAGUUGGUCGAUGAAGUCCGUAAGGAGGGCAACGACACCACUAUCGUCAUCGACGAAGCGAACCUGGUACUCCCCUGUAGCUACUCUCGCUCGCCUGCCAAAAAAGAGGCAUGCAAGGCAGCCUUGGCCCAAAUCACCUCUGAGGUUUUCGACGCCUCAGUCGUGCUUACAGCCUCAACGCAUGACUAUGUGUACGAGCUGGCCAACGAAGGUCUCUACCUGGAGGACUUCCAGAUCAUCACCUUAACCCCGGAAGUGAAGCCAAGCAAAAUGUUCCACGUGCUCAUGGACCACUGGGCCAUGGGGAAGAGACUGGCGUGCCUCUUUGUUGCGACCUAUGGCGGCUCGUUCUGGGAAGCCGACAAAAAGCUCUACGUUUUCAUCAGCAAGUUCAAGAGCCCCGAUCUUUGGCGGCCGCUGGGCGGUCAUCCUGGCAUCGGCGCUUGCUUGGGUCAGGAUGCUGCACGCGAGCACCUCAUCAACAUUGCCGUGGACGGAUACUCGCCUGUGCCAGACUAUAAGACUGACGAAGGCGCAAAUUGGGCGUCUGCCCGCAACGUGGCGUUUAUCAUCCCCCGCACGGCGCAGAAGCUGGGUUUAUGGCCAGAGGCCUUCCAGGAGACUGACGAGAAGUACGUCCUGGUGGCCUCCAAUCAUUAUACGCGAUUGUUGAUUUGCGAGGCGCUCCUUGACAGUUGCUACAUCCAGAACAGCGGUGGCAACUUAGCGAGGGUUUGA